AAAAAAAUUUAAAUCUUUUUUAAUAUUAUGGCUCACAGAAUUCAAGAAAAUGCAGGAAUGAUCAAUGAUGAAAAAUAAGUUGUUGAUAUUUAUGUUCCAAGAAAGUGCCAAUAUACAAAUAUGAUUCUGAAUAGCAGCGAUUACUCAAGUGUAUAAAUUAAUGUUGGAUAAGUUGAUGAGAAUGGAGUUUACAAUAAAAAGAAUAACACAGUGAUCUUGGCUGGAUAUUUGAGAUAAAAGGGAUAGAGUGCUUCAGCUUUGGAAGCAAUUCUUAGACAAAGAGGAGUAUUACCAUUCACAUAAUGAGAAAUAUAUGAUAUAUGAAUAUAUAGUACAUUAAUAGAUUACAUCAACAGAUUGCAAAU